AUGGCUGAUAAAGAUGAAGAUCCAUUAGUACUCAAGAACUUGGCCGUUAAUUUUGAUUAUUUGAUGUAUAAGAUUAAUGAUCAUAUAUCUAAUUUAUCGGAGAAAACAUUUCAUGCUGUUAAUGCUAAACAAGACUUUGUUAACGGAGAAUACCUACAAAAGCAACUAGAUCUAGAGAAAGAAAUCAAUGAAAUUGAUCUUAUAUUAAGUAGGUGUAAUGAAUUAGAACUAGAUUUCAUGAAAUUAGAUCAACUCUAUCUGUUUGUUGAGGACUUCAAAUCAAGAUUAAACUCACUUGAGGACGGUUUCAAAGAAAUAAGUAAAUAG